AUGGCCACCGCCAUAUCGGUGAGAAUACCAGCUGGUAAACUAGGUACAGUUCGUGUUGAUCGAACUAUCGAUGUUUAUCCAGCUUCGAUCAUCAAUGAUAACGAUAAUUUUAAUUCGAAUUCUGCUACACCAUGUAUUCCAACGUUGGCAUCGCAUCGUCAAUUAACAAAAACAACUGUAACAGCAACUCCCAUACCAUUAAUCAUUGCUCAUAGUGAACAAGAACAACAACAACAACUACACAGUUUUGUACCUAUUACGAAAUGGGUCGAUCAUCCAAAUGGGAAUAAUAGCAAUAAAAAAAAUAAUCUCGAUGAUGAACAAAUGUCUGAUAUAGCCGUUAUAUAUUCAUUAGUUCGGCAUGCAUCAAAUCAUCGAACAUCAUCAUUAACAUCAUCACCGAAAAUAAUUGUUUCACCAAUAUCAGUAAAUACUAAUAAUAUUAAUAAUGAUAAUAGUAACAGUAUUUCACGUUCGUUUAUAAAUAAAAAUUAUACAUUAGAAGCUCCGUUGACACCCGUUGUUACACAUACAUCGAAACAGGCACAAAUAAAAACAUUAUCAUCAACACGUACAAUAGCUGCUAGUUUUACUCCAGCAUCAACAUCAGCUCCAACUUCAUCUCAAUCAUAUUUACAUGCAAGUCUAACACCACCACUUGUACCAUCAUCCGUGCGUAUACAAGCAUCAACAUCAUUUACAUCACAUGAUCGACCAACAGUACCUUCCAUUGCAAUCAAACCUCGUCCAUAUUCAUUUCGAGCUUUAAAUCGUACAUCGCAUGAGAUUAAAAAAAUACAAACGAAUAAUACUAAUGACAAUAACAAUACUACUACUAAUAGUAAUAAUAAUACGUCUCAAACAAUACGUUCACGUCGUUCAUUUCGAACAGCACCACGUAAUGCUAUUGAACGACAAAUAUCGAAUAUAACAGGACGUGUAUCACAAUUACACGAUUCAUUUCUUGCGCGUCUAUCAGAUUUAACAUCGAGUACAAAUAGUCGUCAACGAAAUCGUUCAUUAACAUCUUUAAAUUCGCAAACAGUGAAUACAAUUAAUCUAACUGAAAAUGAUCUACGUUUAACACAGACUUCAUCUAGUACACGUCAACAACGACGUUUAGUUAAACCAAGACCGAAAUCGGAAACUUAUGAUGAUCAUCACCGUGUCAAUGCAGCGGGUUCUUAUGCUCAAUUAACUCUUCUUGGUCAACCAAAAGUGAAUUCAACAUCAACACAAAAAGUAAUUCCAGCUGAUAAUCAAAAUGGUCGUGUAUCAUUUCGAACAAAUAAUAAUCAGACACUAUCAGGUCCUGAACGAUCAAAUAGUACAACAAGUACACAUUCAUUGUCAACGACAGUUGAUAUUAAAAAAGUCAAAGAAAAUUAUGAUAGAAUUUUUAAACAACUUGAAAAAUCAAAGGCAGAUCUUGAACGACAACGAGCUAAAGGUCCAAAUCAUAAUCCGACGAAAGUAGCAUUUAUUGAAAAUCAAACUCGACAAUAUGAACAACAAUUAAAUGAACUUAAACGACGUUUAGAUCAUGUAGAAUCAUCAGUUGAUAUUUCACCUGUGAAAUCAAGUUUAAAUGUUGAAAAUCUUGGUAACCAAACGAAUUUAUCGGUCGAAUCAUUCAGUCGAACAUCCAUUUUAUCCGAUGGCACUAUCGAUAACAAGAAACAUAGUUCGUUGUCUGAAUCAACCAUUUUACAACUAAUGACUGCUGCUGUUCCUACAGCACCACCGUCUGCAGUCAGUUCACCAAUACAGCAUUUAAGACGUAAAUUAAAUACUGGUAGAUCCGAGUUUUAUGAUUUAACAAAGGAUACAACCGAUAAUGAUGAUGAAGUUACUGAACUACAAUCAAAAACAUCGAUAUCAUCAUUUGAAGAUAUUCGACUAUUCAUAAAUAAAUCUAAUUGGGCACCAUUGAGUGUUUUUCUUCAUUUUCUUCUAACUGAUUCGAACAGUGAUCCUAAUUAUUUGUUAUUCUAUAUAUUAACGGAAGAAUUGCGUCCAAAAAAAGCAGAAAAUCGAAGCGAAUUAGUACGAUGGAUAUUUGAAAUUCAUUCCACAUUCACUAUGAAUGGCAGCCCCUUGUAUAUUGGCCUUCCUCAAUCACAAACAGAUUCAAUAAAUCGAUGUUUAGAAGCUCAACAACAAGAUCUAAAUGAUGAUAUCAAACUCAUAUUUAAUGACGCAAAAGAUUUUGCACGAUCAAUUAUAAGCGAUCGACAACUAUCUGAUUUUAAUCAUAAACGAACGCUCGGUGUUUAUCGUGAUAUUGAUUUUCCAUUAACAACAAAACAAAGUCAUUUUAUUGAAGAAUUAUUUCGAUCAAAAUUUGAAUCCUAUUAUAAAGCAAAUACUGAUGAUUGGAACAGUAUAAGAAAUUCAAAAGAUCUUGCACUAAUAUGUUCAUUAGCUACAUUUUUAAAACGUUGUGAUAUUAAAAAAUGUGGUAACAUUCCAUUGGAAAAAAUUCCAAAAUUUCUCGAUCGAGAACAAAGACGAUUAUUAUCAAAAUUACCACGAGCACCACAAACUAAAAGAGUUAAAGAUCAUCAAUUAAAUGAACAUCAAUUUUCAAUUCAAACUUCAUGUAAAGUUUGUUCUAAACCAGUAUGGGGAAUUAACUAUCAAGGAUAUUUAUGUGGAUAUUGUCAACAAUCGUUUCAUCGUGAAUGUUGUUCACUAAUCAGUGAAAAAUGUUCAAAAGAUCGAAAAACAAAUAGUAUUAACAAUCCUAUUCAAAUGAAACCACGUAAAACACCAAAAAAUACCUCAAAAUCAUUUUCAGCUGACAAUCUUAUACAACCAUUAUUUGGUGGUAUACCCUGUUCAUGUACGCAACAACAUAUGCAACAGCAAGUAGUUUCACCACAACGGGUAUUUAUACGACGUUCUGUUGGUGGAAGUAGUACAUUAUUUAACGAAAUUAUGAUGACAUAUAACGGUCCAACAAGAACUUCGAGUUUAAAUGAUGGACGAGAAGGAAGUAUUCCAAAUGAAAAUUAUGAAAAUGCGUCAGGUACAAAUGAAGGAAAUGAUGUGAUCAGUGCAAAUCUAUUAUCAAUACAGGAACAGAAUAAAAAUUCAAAUUUGGGACGACGUUUUAGUGAUCGACAAGUAGCGCCUCAUCGGCCAGCAUCGAAACAUCGUUCGAGCAGUAAUCCGCAAAUGGGUGGAAAUACAAUUGAUGAACUUCUUAGUCGCGGUGACAGUGAAGUAACUAUUCAACAACAAGAUUCAAUUAAUCAAAAAUCAAACUCAUUUGAUACACCAACAAUUUCUGAGUCGGCUAAUCAACAAACAACAACCUACGGUGACAGUGAUCUCGAAGCUGAUGUCAAUACAUUACCAAAUUUGAGUGAUUUUAUUCCAAACGAUGUUCUUCAAUUGCUCUAUCAAUCACGUGAAUGGAAAUUACAAACUACAAUAAACGAAUUAAUUCAUACGGAACGGACACAUCUAAAAGGCUUAAAAAUAAUGAAAAAAUGUUUUCGAGAACCAAUGGAACGUUUUCCUGGAAUGAGUCCUGUUGAACUUGACUGUAUAUUUCGAAACCUUGAUCAACUUAUCGAUUUACAUACUCAAUUUAAAUAUGCGUUACGUCAGCAUCGUGAAGAAGCAAAAGAUCAUGUUGUUCGUCAUAUUGGCGAUUUGAUUCUUAGAUUUCUUGACGGCGACAAGGGUGAACAAUUUGCUCGUGCCUGUGCUUAUUUUAUUGAAGAUCAAUCUCAAGCAUUGAAAUUAAUUAAAAAGAAAGAACAAUCAGCAGAUUUUGCAGCACUGAUGCGAGUGUGUGAAGCAAAUACUUUGUGUCGUCGUUUAACAUUGAAAGAUUAUUUACCGUCUGUUAUGACACGAUUUACAAAAUUAAAAAUGCUAUUUGAAGCAAUGAAAAAAUUUGUUUCCGAUGAUGAAAUCGAAAGUGAAAAAUUAAGUAAAUGUGUUGACUGUGCUGAUAGUAUAUUAAAGCGUAUGAAUUAUGCACGUUUGAAAAAAGAACAGGAAGCUUUAUUAAAACAAAUUAAAUCAAAUCUUGAAAUCCAAAUACCAAAUGAUGAUAAAUCAAUUAAUUUACAAAAUCUUCAUGAUUGUCUUGAAGUGACCAACAAUCGUCUAAUCUAUUCGGGUACAUUAAAACUAUUACCUGAUACAACAACACAAAAAACUGAAUUCGAAUGUUGUCUUUUCACGGAUGUAUUUGUUUUCUUUCAAAAAAUUCCAAUGCAACCAACAGAACAACGAGGCAUUGAUGAACCAUAUCGUUAUGUUUUAAAAGAACAUCAACGUGAUGCUAACAUUGGCCGUCACACGCGACCACGAGCAGCUGUACCUGGGGCAAGAUAUACUGCAACACAAAAUUUUAUUCUAACACCAGUUAUCCGAUUGGAACAUUUAUUGAUCAAGAAAAAAGCAUGUGGAGGCGCUCGUUCUUUUUAUGUCAUUGAUACUGAUAAGAAACAAUUGAUUGAAGUUGAAGCCAAUUCUAAAGAUGAUCUUGAAAAAUGGCUAGAAUGGAUUGAAAAAGGUCGAAAACCAUUUGAAAAAUCCAAAUCAGUUACUUCAUCAGCAAGUGAAAAGAGUUUAAGCCCAUCUCUUACUUCACAAUCUACAGUUGCAUUACAACCAUCAAAAUCAACAACUAGAUCAGCAAUAAUCGAAGAACAAGAAAAUAUUCAAUUAGUUGAACCAAAUCAAGUUAAAAUAAUAGAAAAACAAACGUUAAUUGAAGAUACACCAGACUCAUUGUUCAAUGCAAUUCUUGAGAAAGACAAAGAAUUGAAACGUUUAUUGCAUGAAAAAGAAAUGCUUCUUUCACGUCUUCUCAACAUUCCUGAAAGUAAAAUUAAUGAUAUGCCAGGAAAUAUUGCAUCAGUACACAAAAUGAAACCAAAUUCAUCGUUAGAAGCCAUUACAAAUGCUGCUAGCUAUCAUAAUCAAUUAGUACAAGCAGUAAGUCAAAGACAAAAUCGAGCAGCAGAAGAAAAGAAAAUUUCAGCAAUUGAAGUUCAAUCAUUUUGGACACCAUUAACUCAACUUGGUGAACAGCUAACUUUAGCUUUGAAAUUAACAAAUCAACAAAAAAAUGAUGGCCCUCAAAUACGUGAAUAUCGUGUACAAAUUUCAGAUACUGAAAAUCCAGUUUUGCGACGAAAUAGUAAUUCAACUAGUACAAUUAAUAUAACGCCUUCAAUGCUUAGUGGAACAUCUCAAACAUAUUCGGAUCUAAAAGACUCGAUAUCUUUGUCAUCUCUACAUUCAUCUGAGUCACUUGGCUCAGUUAGAACACCAUCACAAGCGCAAACAUUUCAUGAUAUGACUCAAUUCGAACGACGAUCACCUUUAGUUAAUGAACAACUAUCGUCUAUAACAGAUUUAGAUGAAACAAUGAAAUCUCCACCACUAAAAUCGAAAUUACAGCAAUUACAUAUGGCAACAGAAGUUAUUGAACGUUACGAUGAAGGAGUAUUUGAUGAUGGUAACGGAAGUCCAACAGAAGAAGAUGAAAACAAUAGUGCUGCUGCUGCUGAUAGUGAUGAUGAAGAUGAAAUUGAACAUUUUGAUUCUACUGAUAGUAUUAUUGCAUCUGUUGAUACUGCUCCACAACAAUCGAACAAUUAUUUAUUACAAACAAAUAAUGUUCAAACGAAUUUAGAUAAUUCAACAGAAGCUCAAACAGUUGACUUAGACAUGUAUGAAGAAGAAGUUUAUGACAAUGUAAAAUCUAAUGAUUCUUCAAUGAAUAAUGUUAAUGACAAACCAGCAAUACGCAAUGUCAGCGAUGCAUAA